GGCCGGCCCCGCCUCUUCCUCUCGGUCCCAUAUUGAACCCGAGUUGGAGGCGGCGAGUCCGGUCUCAAAAUGGAGGUAAAACAGCCGCCCGGCCGCCCCCAGCCCGACUCCGGCCGCCGUCGCCGCCGCCGGGGGGAGGAGGGUCAUGAUCCAAAGGAACCAGAGCAGUUGAGAAAACUGUUUAUUGGUGGCUUGAGCUUUGAAACUACGGAUGAUAGUUUAAGAGAACACUUUGAAAAAUGGGGCACUCUCACAGAUUGUGUGGUGAUGAGAGAUCCUCAAACGAAACGUUCCAGAGGCUUUGGCUUCGUGACUUAUUCUUGUGUAGAAGAGGUAGAUGCAGCAAUGUGUGCUCGGCCACAUAAGGUUGAUGGGCGUGUAGUGGAACCAAAGAGAGCUGUUUCUAGAGAGGAUUCUGUAAAACCUGGUGCACAUCUAACCGUGAAGAAAAUUUUUGUUGGUGGUAUUAAAGAAGAUACAGAAGAAUAUAAUUUAAGAGACUACUUUGAAAAGUAUGGCAAGAUCGAAACUAUAGAAGUUAUGGAAGAUCGACAGAGUGGAAAGAAGAGAGGAUUUGCUUUUGUAACUUUUGAUGAUCAUGAUACAGUUGACAAAAUUGUUGUUCAGAAAUAUCAUACUAUUAAUGGGCAUAACUGUGAAGUGAAAAAGGCCCUUUCGAAGCAAGAGAUGCAGUCUGCUGGCUCACAAAGAGGUCGUGGAGGUGGCUCAGGCAAUUUUAUGGGUCGAGGAGGAAACUUUGGAGGUGGUGGAGGAAACUUUGGCCGUGGAGGAAACUUUGGUGGAAGAGGUGGUUAUGGUGGUGGUGGUGGUGGAAGCAGAGGCAGUUAUGGAGGUGGAGAUGGUGGAUAUAAUGGAUUUGGUGGAGAUGGUGGCAACUAUGGAGGUGGUCCUGGCUACAGUAGUAGAGGGGGUUAUGGUGGUGGUGGUGGACCUGGAUAUGGAAACCAAGGUGGUGGAUAUGGUGGUGGUGGAGGAGGAUAUGAUGGUUACAAUGAAGGAGGAAAUUUUGGUGGUGGUAACUAUGGUGGCAGUGGGAACUAUAAUGAUUUUGGAAAUUAUAGUGGGCAGCAGCAAUCAAAUUAUGGACCCAUGAAAGGAGGCAGUUUUGGUGGAAGGAGCUCAGGCAGUCCUUAUGGUGGUGGUUAUGGAUCUGGUGGUGGAAGUGGUGGAUAUGGUAGCAGAAGGUUCUAAAAACUCAACAGAAGAGGGUUGAAUGAAAACUACUUGCCUAUAUGAGGAAUGCCUUCAUAUCACCUUAAAUUCGAAGGUUUCUGGCUGGGUAAGACUUAAAACAGUGUACAGAAAAAUACCUGCAUAUGAUGUCAUUUAGUUGCCCUUUCUACAUGUUACAUGGCCCAUGCGCAUUUUAAGUGUUUCAUCCCUAGCCCAGUUAAUGGAUGCUUUUUUCCCUUCCAUAUAUGCAUCAUCAUUUUGAAACUAGCCAUUUGCUUAAUUUUGAGACCAUUUUAACACAGAACCAACCUAGCGUUAGCUUUGGUUUCAUGGCUUCAGUCAUGUGUGACAUGCUUGUACAAAAAUUAUUGAUCAGGUUACUGGAUAACAGGCAAGAUAACUAUUUUAAUUUAAUGGAGACUAAACUCAUUUACAUAGAAUUUGAAGGUGUGCAAGACUUCCACUGCAGUCCUGUGGGGAUCAUCUCCAUUUUACAGAUGAGAAAACUGAAGCUAAGUUAGAUGAUUUGCCAGUGGUUAACAUAGCUUUUAAGGUUUAAAGCUGGUAUUUGAACAUGUCAGACUAAUGUCUGUUAGGAAGUUCUCUGGGGCUGAAAGGUAGUAGUAGCUUUGCUCUGCAGAAUUAAAAUGAAACAUUGCUGCCAGUCUAGCUUUUUUAGAUACAGAACUUAACUUUGCUUAAAGUUAAUGGGGCCUUUUUUAAAAGCCAUUUCUUGUAGAAGUGAUUUUCAGGUACAGGUAUAUUUGAUCUUACUCUCAUGUACAUAUGUAUAUAUAUUUGAUACCAAUAUAUUUGGUAUACUUAUGUCAAUAUACUGGUACUUGGAAACCACUACUAUAAAGAAAUGCUUUUUUUAUGUAAGGAGUUAAUAUCAAAUAUAAAGAAGCCUAGCUUGAGAGAAUAUUUAUUAUUUGAGGCAUUAGAGUUUAAUAAAACCUCACCUGUUUUUUUUGUUUCAUUACUCACCAUCUCUAAAAUUAGUCUUUGAAAACAAUUUAGCCUUUUUUGGGGGUCAUUUAUUAAUCACAAAUAAUAGAUUAUAUUUUCAGUACUUCAGUAUAUAAGUAUACACUGCUCUUUUUAUACUCUUUAACAUUUGCUCCUACCAUUUCCCACAGAGGACUGUUACUAUUUCCCCUCAUGUGAGGUGAUAGGAUUAGUUCCCAGUCUGGAUGCAUGUGUUCAACCAUUAAACACAAAUCUUACGUUUUUACAGUGUAAAAUAUUUUUCAUCACAAAUCAGAUUAAUAUGAAAGUACUUUAAAUGAUGAAAUUAUAUUGGUAUGAGUAAAUUUUAUACAUAUUUUUAAACCAUUCCUUUAUAGAAUUCUUAACAGCAAAUGAAAUUCAGUUCUUACCUCUCUCCUUCACCCCCUUCACUGGGCUACUUAAAAUACUUCUUACUAAAGUCAAAUAUUCACUUUAGGAAAAAUGUUAACUUUGUUCUACACUCUUCCACCUCUCCUCAAAAAGGGGUAACCUAACCCUAAUCCUCCCUUUUGGGGAGUAGAACAAAACGUUUUGCUAAAAGGAAGAUUUGAUAUUUUUAGCAAAAGGUAACUCACUUUCCUAAAGGUAAUUAGAUUUUCAUUGUUGAGAUUUGAUUUUAGAACUUUAUGUAUACAUUGUAUCUUAAGGUUCCUUCCUGAAAAUAAAGGGCUAUAUCAGAGUUAGGGAAUAUAUUGCAUUCUUUUUGAGGGUCUGAGCUAAUACAAUUUAGUGAAUUAUAGCUCAUGUACAAGUCAACUGGUCAUAAAAAAAAUGUAUAAAGUUUCAACAGGUGAGUAAUUCUCUUCCAAAAUAAUGUACUAGAAUUUAUAAUGCUCAUUUUUGCAGUGAAAAUAACACUUUUGGGGUCCAUCAUGUCAAUAGUAAGACUUAACAGGAGCAAAGUUUCUUAAGUGAUUUUAAGUGAUUUAUUCACUUAGUUAAGUGGUUUCAUUUCAUCAGGAAUUUUGGUUUGCUAGGCAACAUGGUAAAGGGUUCUAAAUAACAGGAUAUGUAUUCAAGCAAAAUUUUUGUUUUUGAAAACUGAAAAGCAGUUAACUAAAAUAUUCAACUGUCAAACUUCUGGGCCUUCUUGAUUAUAAUGAACAUAAAUUUAACAUAAGCAAAAUAUCGUACACAUUGAAUAACUGUAUUCAAAACUUUCGGGUGUUUCACUGGAAGGGGUGGGGCAUUGGAAUUUCUUAACUAGAGUGAUUGGUGGGAUCUGUAGUGCCUCCAGGGUAACAGUUGACCAAGCGAUCUUGAUUUAUUUCUAUGCAAAUAUCUCUAUCCUUUACAAAAAAAGUGUAACAAGUUAGUCCUUGUCUGGAAACAAUUUCCUGCUGACUGAGGAUCCUAAUUUGGCUAUUUGACACCAAGUUGACAGAAAAUAGCUUCAAACUAUUGCAGAACUAAACGUGAAC